CUGCGGUUCAAUCAUUUGUCCUCUGUAGAUUUUCCCGAGUUCAGCUGAGCUCUGUAGCAACCGAGCCGCUGAGGAGCGAGAGUGGGAGAGGAGCUGACCAAACAACAUUUUCCCAUUUUGCUAUAUCGACUCAUUCCAGGGAGGAACAGGUGAAGAUGGGAGUUAGGAGUGUGUGCUGUAUUUUACUCAUCUCUCUGAUAAAGUCUUUCUCUGCUCACGGUGACUUCUUCACAUCCAUUGGUCACAUGACAGAUUUGCUGUUCACAGAAAAAGACCUGGUGACGUCAUUGAAAGACUACAUCAGAGCAGAGGAGAGCAAACUGGAGCAAGUGAAACAGUGGGCUAAGAAGCUGGAUGCUUUAACAGCCACAGCCACGCAGGACCCAGAGGGGUUUUUGGGUCACCCUGUCAACGCCUUUAAACUCAUGAAGAGACUAAACACAGAGUGGGGUGAAGUGGAAGACCUUGUGCUCAAGGACAUGUCUGACGGCUUUAUCUCAAACCUGACCAUUCAGCGUCAGUAUUUCCCUAAUGAUGAAGACCAGACUGGUGCAGCCAAAGCUCUUCUCCGACUGCAGGACACCUAUCAACUGGACACACAGACCAUCUCCUCUGGAGACCUGCCUGGUGUUACUACAAGCUCGCCGUUUAAAAGCACCCUGACGGUAGAGGAUUGUUUUGAGCUGGGAAAAGUAGCUUACUCUGAAGCAGACUACUACCACACAGAGUUAUGGAUGGCCCAGGCACUCAAGCAACUGGAUGAAGGAGAAGAAACCAGUGUUGACAUUGUUACCGUGCUGGACUACCUCAGCUACUCAGUCUACCAGCAGGGGGAGCUGGAGAGAGCUCUGGAACAAACCAAGAGACUGCUGAGUGUGGAUCCUGAGCACCAGCGAGCACUUGGGAACCUAAAGUAUUUUGACUACCAGCUAGCCAAACAGAAGAAGGAUGAGAAGGAGCCGAGUGCCAAGGAAGAGAGCAAGAAAGAACAGGAAAGGACGGUUGGGAAAGGGGAAUAUUUCCCUGAAAAGAGGAAAUAUGAGCAGCUAUGUAGAGGACAAGGAGUCAGAAUGACCCCUCGCAGACAGAGCCGUUUGUUCUGCCGUUACUAUGACAAUAACAGACAUCCUAUUUACAUGAUCGGCCCGGUGAAACAAGAGGAUGAAUGGGACCGUCCACGUAUCAUCCGUUACCAUGAUAUUAUAACAGAAAAAGAAAUGGAGAAGGUCAAGGAGUUGGCCAAACCAAGGCUCAGGCGCGCCACCGUGCAUGACCCUCAAACUGGCAAACUCACCACCGCCCAGUACAGAGUCUCCAAGAGUGCAUGGUUGGCGGCCUACGAGCAUCCGGUUGUGGAUCGCAUAAACCAGCGCAUAGAAGACAUCACAGGCCUCAAUGUCAAAACAGCAGAAGAACUACAGGUGGCGAAUUACGGUGUUGGUGGACAAUAUGAGCCCCACUUUGACUUUGGACGGAAAGAUGAACCAGAUGCCUUUAAAGCGCUGGGCACAGGGAAUCGAAUAGCAACCUGGCUCUUCUAUAUGAGUGAUGUAACAGCAGGGGGUGCCACAGUCUUUCCAGAAGUUGGAGCUGUAGUAAAGCCAAUGAAGGGUACAGCAGUAUUCUGGUAUAAUCUGUUUUCCAGUGGAGAGGGAGAUUACAGCACGAGACACGCAGCUUGUCCAGUACUGCUGGGUAACAAGUGGGUGUCAAAUAAAUGGAUCCAUGAAAGAGGUCAGGAAUUCAGGAGACCAUGCGGCCUGAAAGAGACAGAUUGAUCAAACACCUCCACCAUCUUCUUCACGCACUCCUCCCCCUGGACUCUGAAAACAUGAACAGAACUGCUGUUCAUGUCCACUAUGUCUGCAGCAGCCAACGUGUGACCUGUCACAUUUAUUUUUAACUGAAAAGUAUGUGUGUGUGAGCCAGCCUACAGUUACAUUACCUCUGUUAGUGCCUUUUGUCAUUGCACACCAGGGCUUCAAAGGAUAGAGCUAUUCCUGACAACACUCCUUUACAAACAGGCCUUUAGCUAUUAGCUAUUGUAUAAUGGCAUCAUAUCAGCAUAUCUCAAACACUUAUUCUGACUGACAGCCAGACCAAAGUGACAAAUGCCAGAAAGAACACAAAAUGCUUGUUCGCAACAUUCACAGAACGAUAGGAGACAGUCGAAUAAAAAUUAUUUUUGCU